UUCCCUGUUCCGUUAUGUGCAUUCGUUCGCCGAUUUUACAACACGACGGAGGUUGUGUCGCUGCUCCGCGUUGUUUUCGUCUAAAAACUCGUAAUAAAUACACGAAACACACUAGAAAAAUUCUAAAAAAUGCUAAACAAUAGUGGAAAGUGAGUGGAAAACAAUUUGAAACGAAUAUCAAAGAUAUUUUCGUAAUAACAGAGGUUUUGUUGUGUUGCCCGUCCGACUGUCACGCAGAAUGCGCGUAGAAAGACAGAAAGCGCGCUAAAGGCGCGUGGAAACGCACAAAUACACAAAAAUGUAAAUAAAUAAACGUGCAGAGUGUUAAAAGUUGUGAAUAGUUAAGAUAAGCCUACGCCUGGCCCUUAAAACGCUACUGAAAGAUACAAGAAAAAUCCCCCAUUUUCAACGAAGUGACACUGAUGGUCGAGGAAGGAUUUUAGAACUGUUUUUUUUAUUCGUGGUCUUAUCGGACAGCAACUGGAACUAUGUUUGAGUUGGUCUCACCAGCGAUUUGUGUGUGGCUGCGGUUCGCCGAUAACCGAUUGGAUUCGAUUCGAUUCUUGUCAUCGAUGUCCUAGCUCUAGUUCUAGUUAGGUUGUGUGUUCGCGGUGAUCCUUUGGGUAAUGGAACAUGCAUCCCGGGGAUAUGCAUAAAAACGUUUCAGUACAAGUUGAUAGUGAUUUUGCCUUAUUGCUACCCAGCGGUGUUUAUGAAAUCAAGAAAAUGGAACCACGCUCCAAAAUACGAAAAAUCAUUGUGUUCUGUUUAUUCCUCGCCAUCGCAGGCAUCAUUGGUUUUGGAUACUUUUGUCAAGAUCAGGUAUGCGCCCUAUCCAAACGCGCCGUGAUACUUCAGUCCUCGGAUAUACUUGGCUAUAAUGAGCUCCCACUCCAUCAGGCCAAUAGCAUUACCAACAACAACAACAACAUCAACAAUGGGGCCAUGGGCGGCAUUACGGCCAUGGCCUCGAAGGCAUCUGCACCGCAGAACAUCAUCGCCAAUGCCGGACUGAGCUACGAGGAUGUGCUCAACGAUGAUUUCCAAUUCGAUAUGGAUGGUCACGAUGUGAUGGUCUUUCUGCACAUCCAAAAGACGGGCGGCACCUCCUUUGGCCGCCAUUUGGUCAGGGAUUUGGACCUCAAGCGACCCUGCGAGUGUCAGCGCCAAAGAAAACGCUGCUAUUGCUUCCGGCCGCAUCGGAACGAGAAUUGGCUCUUCUCGCGCUACUCGACGGGCUGGAAGUGCGGCCUCCAUGCCGACUGGACCGAGCUCACCAGCUGCGUGGACGUGGAGCUGGACAAGAACGAGGGCGAGACGGCCAAGCGUCGGUACUUCUACAUAUCGCUGCUGCGCGAGCCCAUCUCCCGCUACAUGUCCGAGUAUCGGCAUGUGAGGCGCGGCGCCACCUGGAAGGGUUCGCGGCACUGGUGCCUGGGUCGGCAGGCCACCGCCAAUGAGCUGCCCGCCUGCUACAAGGGCAAGGACUGGCUGGACGUGGAUCUCGAUCAGUUUGCCGGCUGCGAGUCAAAUCUGGCGGCCAAUCGCCAGACCCGCAUGCUGGCCGAUCUCGCUCUGGUCGGCUGCUACAACAAAUCGUCGAUGCCCGCCCACGAGCGGGAUCGGGUGAUGUUGGCCAGCGCCAAGCGCAAUUUGGCUGCCAUGGCCUACUUUGGACUGACUGAAUAUCAAAAGAUGUCCCAAUAUAUAUUUGAGGAGACCUUUAACCUGCGCUUUGCCAUACCCUUUGAGCAGCAUAAUACCACCAUUUCAGCGACGGCCGUAUCCAAUCUGCGAGCGGAUCAGAAGCGUCGCAUCGAGAAGCUCAAUGGCCUGGACAUUGAGCUGUAUGUCUUUGCCAAGAAUUUGCUGUUUCAACGUUUUGAACAUCUGAAGGCAAAGGACACCAACUUCGAGCAGCGGUAUGCUAAUCUCGGGAACAUCUACUUCAAGCAGGGCGUCACGGAAUUCAAUUGGGACAGCAACGUGGAUGAUGCGCUCAGCACGGAUCAUUGAACUCGAAACCAAAUAUUAAUGUUUUAGUUUUAGUUUUAAUCAGACACCAACUCAACAGAAUAUAUAGUAUAUAUAUAUAGAAAUAGCUGAGCUGGAGCAUAAACCACAACCGAAGGACUUUACACUAGCGUCUAAGCCAUAAUGUUAAUUGAGCAGACAAAAAAACAAACAAAAACAACACGCUAAUCGUUUCGGCUUAUCUCAUCUAAAAGCAUACACAUAGAGUUAUGUAACUAAGAGCCCUACAAAUAGUUAAAGCUUAAUCGCUGUGCGCGUAUUAAACAUAAAGUUAAACCUAAGCUACACUCAGACAUCUAUGGAUGCCCUAACCGUACAUACUCCUUGCUGAUAAGUCGCACCAACCAUCUGACGAAUUGUAAAUACUUUUGCAUAAUGCAUAUAUACAUAUAAUAAUAGAAUAAUAUAUAUAUAUUUUAUAAAUAUAAAUCGAGUGCUGAAACCCACUGCUGUGUGAGCCAGUGGGAGGGGCAAGCUCGAAUAAAAUGUACACUGUCACAGCGCAUCGAUUACACGCCAUAAACUAGAUUAAUUAAUUAGUUUUAGCAUAGUUCUUUUGUUGUAUUGUUAUGCCAAGUCUCUGCAAAGCCAAAUCCACUUUUAGUCUAAGUACGUAGUGCUUGGGAAAUGUUUUUCGAUCCAACAACGCAUUUAUUUUAUUUAAACGCUUAGACAACACACCCCC